CGACGGCGGCCGGGAGGCGGAAGUGGAGGAGGUAGUGGCUCCGAGGAUUGUGCAGAGUACUGCUGCUGAGGCGGCGGCGGUAGCGGCUAGGCGGUGGCGGCGUGGCCCGCCCCGGGCUGGUCGGGCUCUCAGCUUGGCUUCCCACCUCCCCUGAGCCCGCCGGGGCCCACGCCGGCCAGCGCCUGCCCUAUGAGUGUGUCACUGAUUGUCAUCCGAUUGGAGCUUGCGGAACACUCGCCAGUCCCCGUCGGCUUCGGCUUCAGCGCCGCCGUCGGGGAGAUGUCUGAUGAGGAGAUCAAAAAGAAGACACUCGCUUCAGCUGUAGCCUGUUUAGAAGGGAAGUCACCGGGGGAGAAAGCAGCAAUCAUCCAUCAGCACCUUGGCCGUCGGGAAAUGACAGAUGUAAUCAUUGAGACCAUGAAGUCCAAUGCAGAUGAGUUAAAACAUACAGUGGAAGAAAAGGAGUCUUCAGAAGCAUCUCACCCUGCGCAGAAAAAUAGAGAUCAAAAUGAAGAAUGCAUAAAUGCAGCUCCUGAUUCUCCAUCCAAACAGCUUCCAGACCAGAUUUCAUUCUUCAGUGGAAAUCCUUCAGUUGAAAUAGUUCAUGGUAUAAUGCACCUAUACAAGACAAAUAAGAUGACCUCCUUAAAAGAAGAUGUGAGGCGCAGUGCCAUGCUGUGUAUUCUCACAGUCCCUGCUACAAUGACCAGUCAUGACCUUAUGAAGUUUGUCGCCCCAUUUAAUGAAGUAAUUGAACAAAUGAAAAUCAUCAGAGACUCUACUCCAAAUCAAUAUAUGGUGCUGAUAAAGUUUAGUGCACAGGCCGAUGCAGAUAGUUUUUAUAUGGCAUGCAAUGGCCGCCAGUUCAACUCCAUAGAAGAUGACGUGUGCCAGCUGGUCUAUGUGGAAAGGGCUGAAGUACUGAAAUCGGAAGAUGGCGCGAGUCUGCCAGUGAUGGACCUGACUGAGCUCCCCAAGUGCACAGUUUGUCUGGAGCGCAUGGAUGAGUCUGUGAAUGGAAUUCUCACCACACUGUGUAACCACAGCUUCCACAGCCAGUGUCUACAGCGCUGGGACGACACCACGUGUCCUGUUUGCCGAUACUGUCAAACCCCAGAGCCAGUAGAAGAAAAUAAAUGUUUUGAGUGUGGUGUUCAGGAAAACCUUUGGAUUUGUCUCAUCUGUGGCCACAUAGGAUGUGGACGGUAUGUGAGUCGACAUGCAUAUAAGCACUUUGAGGAAACACAGCACACCUACGCCAUGCAGCUCACCAACCACCGAGUCUGGGACUAUGCUGGAGAUAAUUAUGUCCACCGACUGGUCGCAAGUAAAACAGAUGGAAAAAUAGUACAGUAUGAAUGUGAGGGUGACACUUGCCAGGAAGAGAAGAUAGAUGCCUUACAAUUAGAGUAUUCAUAUUUACUAACAAGCCAACUGGAAUCUCAGCGAAUCUACUGGGAAAACAAGAUAGUUCGUCUGGAGAAGGACACGGCAGAGGAAAUUAACAACAUGAAGACAAAAUUUAAAGAAACAAUUGAGAAGUGUGAUAGUCUGGAACACAGACUAAAUGACCUCCUGAAAGAAAAGCAGUCUGUGGAAAGGAAGUGUACUCAACUAAACACGAAAGUGGCCAAACUCACAACAGAGCUCCAGGAGGAGCAGGAAAUGAACAAAUGCUUGCGAGCCAACCAAGUGCUUCUGCAGAACAAGCUGAAGGAGGAGGAGAGGUUAUUGAAGGAGACCUGUGACCAGAAAGACCUGCAGAUCACUGAGAUCCAGGAGCAGCUGCGUGAUGUCAUGUUCUACCUGGAGGCACAGCAGCAGAUCAGCCACCUGCCUGCUGGGGCACGGCAGGAAAUCCAGGAGGGACAGAUUAACAUCCCCAUGGCCUCGGCCUCCAGUCCCUCAUCUUCAGGCAGCAGUGGGAAAGUGCCAUCCAGGAAGGGCCGCAGCAAGAGGGGCAAGUGACUUCCAGAAAAACUGCUUGAGACUGUCCUGGCACUGCAAGGGUUGUCGGAACCUUCGGCAAAGUGGGAGGGUGGGCCCUAAUAAGUACAAGUGAGGAUCAAGCCAGUGUUUGGCUCUUUGCUAUUGUGUGAUGUAGAAAAUGUAGAGGCUGCUGUCAGGAGAACUGAUGGCAAUGGGCAAUGUUUUCAAAGUUGGUACGAGUUCACUAACCUCAGACAUUCUAAUGACCAUUUUGCCUUCCUGCUUGGUAGAUGCCCCACCUCUGCUGUGCAUUUUUCUGUUGUGUUUGAGUUGCAGUAUUUGGCAUUCAUUUCUCAGCUGGGUUUAAGACAAGUUUUUUUGUUUGUUUGUUUGUUUUUUAGUACCGGGGAUCAAACUCACGACCUCACACUUGCUAGGCAGGUGCUUAUGUUGCUGAGCUAAAUCCCUGGCCCUAAUACAAGUUUUUUUAUAAACUCAAGUUAAUGUUACCUAGCACUGAAGCACUAAACUGCCUGAAAGUCAUAGCUCCUGCUUUAAAAAAGGUUCCCAUUGGCUGCUAAGGAGCUAGGAAAGUCUCCUAGCAUCAGUAUCACAUGAUUGCCAUCCCUGCCCUUAACUCUGGGGAGUUAAAAAAUUGCUCGAGUGUUACAUGAAAAGAGGGUGAGUUGUAAAUGAGGCACUAGCUUGUCAUCAGCAGCCAUCUCUUCUUGCUGUGGGGCUGCCAGAAAAAACAAGUAGCCCAGGACAGGCUGAGUAGGCCCGGUGUUCAAAAAUGGUGGCAGUUUCACUGUUUAUUUUUGGUGACUGUGCACCCUUAUGCAUUCAAAUAAGAGAGGCUUUUAAGGUGUGGUGGUAUACAUCUGUAAUCCCAGCACUCCCAAUACUUGGAAGGCUGAGGCAGGAGGAUCACUGCCAGUUUGAGGCUAGCUUGGGCUACACUGUUCAAGGUCAGCCUGAACUGCAUAGCAAGACCCUGUUUCCAAACCCCUGCCCCCAAUAAAGAGGCUUAAUGGCUACUCCAAGAUUCUGAGUGGUUUUCUUAGCAUCUUGCAAAAAUAAGCAAGGCAAUUUAUCCUCCCUGUGAAAAUAUAGAGGGUGAGGCUUCUGACUAGCUAAUUCUGUAUUUUGCUAGGAUCAGGAUUUUCUGAAUGUUUACAAAAGAUCAGGCUGCAUGUUCAGGUUGCAGCUAGAGGGAGCUUGGGCAGAGUUUCAAUUAUGCUUUCAAGAUAUAACCAAAGGCUGUGUCUAAAUCCUAAAAUGGAUUUCAACAGAGCCCCCUUUUCAACAGUCAUGUAAUGUUUGUUGUAGGCCAGCAGAGGGGUUUUGUACUUUUCUCUGGAACCAGAAACAUCAAAUAAUUCCUAACAUGGAGAAACUCAGCAAAACUGAAGCAAGACCCAUAUUGCAAAUGGGCAUCUAGAACAGGUGGCUGGGUAGAUUACUGUUAAAUGAUGGGUUUUGUUUUCUUUAUAAUUAGUCAAAGGUGUUUGUUUUCUGUGUUUUGUUUUGUUUGAUACUGGGACUUGAACUCAUGACCUCAUGCUUGCCAGGCAGGCGCUUAUGCCACUGAGCUAAACCCCCAGCCCAGUCAAAGGUUUUUAAUUGUCACAUUUUGGAUUUUUUUAAAACCCAUUUUUGGGGUUCAUCCCCUUGGACCUAAAUGUCUUACACGUUGCUUAUUAACACAUCAGUUGUAUUGCUAAGCGCCAUCCAGUUUUGUGGAAUGUGCUGCAGCAUUUCUCAAAAAACCUCACCUGUAACUGCAAAACGAAUGUACUUAGACAUUCUUAAUUUUUGCUUAGGGCAGCCACCACUCCAUGGUUACAGAUAUCAUAAAGCAAGAAUGAGAAUGUAAAGCAUAACCUAAUUCUCUUUCCUGUAGAGAUUCUAUUUUAUUUAAAAUCUAUUUUUGCACUAGUGAGAAUCCUGCGGUUUUGGCCAAGUACUUGUCUUGCAUGUCUGACCUUGCAGAACCUGGGGUGGAUUGUAGCAUACUAAUUAAGAGAAUUAGAAGUAGUUUACAAGCUAGCUCCCCAUCUCAUUAUGAUCUCGAUCAAGCGGCCCUGCCACCAGCUGGAGAGCAGCCUUUCAACACAGGUGGAAUAAAUGCUUGGGAAGGCUGUGCCCAGAGGGAUAAGCAAAUAGGCAGAUAUUUCCAAACUACUUGAAGGCUUAAAAAACUUUCCAGGAAAAAAAAUCAAGGAAAAUGUUAGUUCAAAAGAAGAUCAAAAAGUUAUGUUUGAAUUUGAUGAAGUUAAAUGAGAAGCUGUUACGACUUUCUUCAGGAUGGAAAUGAACCAUUAAAUUUACCCUUACUAUCUUGAAUAAUAAAAUUCUAUUAAAAUAACCAAACUUUGAAAUUA